CGUAGUACUCAUGGGAGGCUGCAUUUUCCCAGCAUUCAGUGAAAUAUCAUGGCGGACACCAGGGAGAAGGCGCUACAAGACUACAGGAAAAAGCUUCUUGAACAUAAAGAAGUGGAUGGGCGAUUAAAAGAAUUGAGGGAGCAACUCAGAGAACAAACUAAACAGUAUGAGAAGUCUGAAAAUGACCUGAAGGCUCUGCAGAGUGUAGGACAGAUUGUUGGAGAGGUGCUGAAACAGCUGACUGAGGAGAAAUUCAUUGUCAAAGCUACCAAUGGUCCCCGAUAUGUGGUUGGAUGUCGCCGACAGUUGGACAAAUCUCAGCUGAAGCCCGGCACCAGAGUGGCUUUGGACAUGACAACUCUCACAAUAAUGAGAUACCUGCCCAGAGAGGUGGAUCCUCUGGUCUACAACAUGUCCCAUGAGGACCCCGGCAGUGUGUCCUACUCUGAGAUCGGGGGCCUGAGUGAACAGAUUCGGGAGCUCAGAGAGGUGAUUGAGCUGCCUCUGACCAACCCUGAGCUCUUCCAGAGGGUGGGCAUCAUCCCUCCUAAAGGCUGCCUCCUCUAUGGACCUCCAGGAACAGGCAAAACUCUCCUAGCCAGAGCGGUGGCCAGUCAGCUGGACUGUAACUUCCUGAAGGUGGUGUCCAGCUCAAUUGUGGACAAAUACAUUGGUGAGAGUGCCAGGCUCAUCAGGGAGAUGUUCAACUACGCCAGAGACCACCAGCCCUGCAUCAUAUUCAUGGACGAGAUUGACGCGAUCGGCGGCCGUCGAUUCUCUGAGGGAACGUCUGCAGACAGAGAGAUCCAGAGGACUCUGAUGGAGCUGCUGAACCAGAUGGACGGCUUCGACACAUUGCACAGGGUCAAAAUGAUCAUGGCCACCAACAGACCGGACACCCUGGACCCGGCCCUGCUGCGGCCCGGCCGGCUGGACCGCAAGAUCCACAUCGAACUGCCCAAUGAACAGGCUCGUCUGGACAUCCUGAAGAUCCACUCCAGUCCCAUCACCAAGCACGGAGAAAUAGACUUUGAAGCCAUAGUGAAACUGUCGGAUGGAUUCAACGGAGCCGAUCUGAGGAACGUGUGCACAGAAGCAGGUCUGUUCGCCAUCCGCUCGGACCGUGAGUACGUCACUCAGGAAGACUUCAUGAAAGCCGUUCGGAAAGUGGCCGACUCCAAGAAGCUGGAGUCGAAGCUGGACUAUAAACCUGUAUAAAGGCCUCGUGUACCUGCUGUUUUUCAAUACCUGACCUUUUUUCAUUGCAUUCUCCAUUUGCCGUGUUGUACGCUUCAAGGUUUAUGUCUGUGGUGAAUAAAUAUUUGAAAAUCGACUUUGUCCGUUCA